UGCCUCCUCUCACCACUGCCACCCACUACUACCAACACUCCUGCAAUCUUGAGAGAAGCCUUGAAGGAUGGCUCCCUCAGUCCAGACUGCGUGGCCCAUCCUCUCACUCCUGACCAGAAGAUGUGGCUCCCCACUCCUGCAGAAGGUAAGUUUGUCAUACUGAGAGACAGGUUUCAUAGCAUAGAGGUUUGCCUUUGCCUUGUGUUGUGUUGGUAUUUAGCCUUGCCUGCUUAGCAGCCCUGGUAUUCUGCCUAGGGAGCAUUUGCCAUUGGGUUCGAGUCCCAGCUCAUUGAAAGAGUGGUGUUGUUGAUUUGUUUCACCUUGCCUUAGGUUUAGCUACAC